AUGAUGCAUGUUAAAGUGGCUUUUGCCUUGCUAGCUUUAGCUGUUGUAUUGGCCCAGGCUAAACCUUCUCUUCCCUAUGGUUUCCAUGGAGUACCCGAUCAUUUGGAUUUAGUGCCACCAGUAUUACCACCAGCUCACUUCCAUGCUGCUGGACCUUUGCUACCUCAUCACCAUCACGCUAAAUUUUUACCACCCGCACAUUUCCAUGCUUCUCCUGUUCUACCAGCUCCUGCUCCUUUACUUCCAGCCCCAGCUCCCUUGUUGCCCGCUCCUGCACCUUUGUUGCCCGCUCCUGCUCCAUUGCUACCAGCUCCCGCACCAUUGUUGCCAGCUCCCACACAUUUCCUCCCCGCCCCCGCUCAUGUAGUCCCUGCUCCAGCUCCUUUGAUUCACACUCAUGUUGUACCUGCCCCCACUCCCAUCCUUCCUCCGGUCUUUGAAGCCCUACCCUUCGUAGAACCCCUACCCAGCUAUCGCGCUAUUCCUGGACCUAAAACCACCACUCAUCAUGUGUCUGUUGGUUAUGCUUUCCCCCAACCACGUUUAGCUAAACUACAUGCCCAUCAUGUACAUGCUGUGCCUCAUGCUCAUCUCCAUGCUGCACCUUUGACAUUGGCUCAUCAUCAUCAUCAUACACUUUUCUAGAAAUUUCACCUUUUCCUUUGCAAAAGGAUUUCAUU